AACAGAAAGCUGAAAGAAGACUUAAUUCCCAGGCGUGUACUGUAUUUCAGAUUGCCAUAUGCAAUGGACACUGAUCUCAGUUCCCAGGACAGGAAGGACCUGGACAAGUUCAUCAAAUUUUUCGCUCUGAAGACAGUACAAGUAAUUGUCCAGGCCCGACUUGGAGAGAAAAUCUGUACCCGAUCAUCCUCCUCCCCAACAGGCUCUGACUGGUUCAAUUUGGCAAUCAAAGACAUACCAGAGGUUACUCAUGAAGCAAAGAAAGCCUUGGCAGGACAGCUGCCUGCUGUUGGACGGUCUAUGUGCGUGGAGAUCUCUCUCAAAACCUCGGAGGGAGAUUCCAUGGAGCUGGAAAUUUGGUGUCUAGAAAUGAAUGAGAAGUGUGACAAAGAAAUCAAAGUUUCAUACACCGUAUACAACAGGCUGUCUCUGCUACUGAAAUCUUUACUUGCUAUAACCAGGGUAACUCCAGCCUACAGACUCUCAAGGAAACAAGGCCAUGAAUAUGUAAUACUGUACAGGAUAUAUUUUGGUGAAGUCCAGCUGAGUGGCUUGGGAGAAGGUUUCCAGACAGUCCGUGUUGGGACAGUGGGUACUCCAGUGGGCACCAUCACUUUGUCUUGUGCCUACAGAAUCAACCUUGCCUUCAUGUCAACCAGGCAGUUUGAGAGGACCCCUCCUAUCAUGGGGAUUAUCAUUGAUCACUUUGUGGACCGUCCCUAUCCCAGCUCUUCGCCCAUGCAUCCCUGCAAUUACAGAGCUGGGGAGGACAAUGGUGCAGUGUACCCCUCGGUGGAAGAUUCCCAAGAAGUUUGUACAACAUCUUUCUCCACCUCUCCUCCAUCUCAGUGUGUUUUUACUGUCACAAAGGCACAUUUUCAGACCCCUCCUCCUGUGGUGACGGACACCUUGAAGGUCCCAGUGAUGGGACUGGCCUUUUCACAUCAACUUUCCAGCUCUCGUCUUUCCUAUCAGCCUGCUGCCCUGGCAGUUGGAUCGGCUGACAUGGGGUAUCCUCUACUCUUUGCUGGUGGCUUGACUGCUGCACACCCUCACCAGUUGAUUGGUCCAGGAAAAGAAGGGGGGGUGCCCCCAGUUCCUAGCCAGCCAGCACAUGGCACCCAAGCUGACCAAGAAAGGAUAUGCACCCCACUGGAUGGGGCCCACUACUCAGCAGUUACUCCUUCUAGUAGUGAGGACACAGAAACAGUGUCAAACAGCAGCGAAGGGAAGUGUGGCUCCCCCCAUGACCUUCUGGAAACCAUCUUUGUCCGGAAGGUGGGAGCUUUUGUCAACAAACCCAUUAAUCAGGUAACCAUGGCCAACUUAGACAUUCCUUUUGCCAUGUUUGCUCCCAAGAAUGUUGAGCUCGAAGAUAACGACCCCAUGGUGAAUCCUCCUGAGUCCCCAGACACUGAAUCUCCUCUACAAGGCAGCUUACACUCGGAGGGCUCCAGUGGCAGCAGCACAGGGAACACCCACGAUGACUUUGUUAUGGUUGACUUUAAACCAGCAUUUUCAAAAGAUGACAUUCUUCCAAUGGACCUGGGGACAUUUUACCGUGAGUUUCAGAAUCCACCUCAACUGAGCAGCCUCUCGAUUGACAUUGGAGCUCAGUCCAUGGCAGAGGAUUUGGACUCGUUACCAGAGAAGCUUGCAGUCCAUGAGAAAAAUGUCAAAGAGUUUGAUGCCUUUGUAGAGACCUUGCAGUGAAGCUGUUUUCCAGUUUUGCUGCAGCAGUUCUUCCUGAAGGCAUCCUGGAGAAUGAUGGCAACAAAUAUCUCUGGUUUUCACCCCCACUCUGCCUUUUGUCUUCUUCAACAUUUUCCUUCCAUCGAUGAGCUUUAUUUGAUCGCUGUCUUCAGCAGCAGAUCCAGCUCAUCUGCCAGUUUUCUCAGCUACACCUCUGCAUAGAUCUGGACUGCUUUUCAUGUUCACAUUCAGUUUUGAGUUUGUGAAUUUAAUGGGGACACAGGAAGUCAAACUCCAAUGUAUGAAACUUGUUUUCCUUUCAGCCUCUUGUCUGUGUGGAGAGGUCUGUGAAAAGCUGCCACGCGGCUUCCUCCCGAGGUCCUGCAGUUUAAUUUCUCCAGUUAGAGCUUCUUGCUAACAGACUGUUUUUCCUACAGUCCUCAAUCCUGUUAGAGCAUAGAAAGCUUUGGCUUGUUUCCAAGGUCUGUGAGUUCAGCAGCUUCAACAGCUUCAAAGUCCU